ACUUAAGUUGUCACUUACUUUCAGCGAAUAAUGUAAGAAUAUGGUCAGGAAUAUAUUGGUCAAAUGUAUCUGAUAGUUUCAAAUCAGUCCUCAACUGCUGCAGAAACAGACCUCUUUUAAAUUAUAUCGUACCUAAACGCACUGCUAAGCUUAAAGAACCCAUACUGCCAUCCUUUAGCUUGUGAAAUCAAUUCUGUUGCUGGAGAUAUCGAUUAAAUUACGUUGUUAUGGAAAUUGCAGUCACUCUGAAAGACAGAAUUUAUCUUGCAGCGAUUUAAAUCGUAAAAAGUGCAUAACAUAUUCUAAAACGAAUCAAAAUGGAUGAGGAAGAGGUGGAAAUUCCAGUGCCAAUAAAUAAUGACCUGGAGAGAAGAAUCGCAGAUGCUUUUGAAGUGUUUGAUCACGCUGGAAAUAAAACUAUAGACGUUCGGGAGAUCGCUACUAUAAUUAGAGGUCUUGGAUGUUGUCCUUCCGAAGCUGAGGUCCAAGAGAUAAUAGUAGCUGUGGAAGACCCCCAGACACCUGGAAGUGUGCACUUGUCAAAAUUUCUACCUUAUGUGUCCCAAAUAAUUACAGAACAUAAGUAAGAAGCUUUACACUCAUAUUCCUCUUGAAAUAUUCCAUAUCGUAUAAAUUUUGUGCAAAGAAAAGAUAAAUUGCCAAGAAUACUUUCAAAUACAUUCGACGGAAU